CUGCUUUGUGGGAGUUGCGACAGAACUGGGCGUUUGCUUUCCGACGCGAGCGCGAGGCAAUUGAAGCCGGUGCACCUCCUUUUCACCUCUUCGCCGCUACACUACAACACUCAUUUGACUACAAUCUGCCUUUGCUGAAGGGCGAUGAUAUGCCUCCUUGCCGCAUGCGUCGAAUGUCAGAUCUUUUUACUCGACGACGAGCUUCCCCUACGCUGCAGAAGGAGUUGGUGUCUACUAAACAUCAAGACGCGGCUGUGGACGACUACAUCGCAGGGGUAGAUCUAGAGACCGAAGAGUUUUUGGCUGGACAGACGUCUAGUAUGAAGUCGAC